AUGUCGCUGACGCUCACCUAUUUCGAUGUUCGCGGACGCGGCGAGUAUAUUCGCCUACUUCUCAUUGAUCAACGCAUCGAAUUCAACGAUGAUCGCGUCAAAAUUGAGCGGGACAAAUGGCCACAAUUGAAGGCGACACUGGCUUUUGGUCAACUUCCUCGUUUGAGGCAUGGGAAUAAGGAGUAUUUCCAGACUGGCGCAAUCAUGAGACAUCUCGGACGAGUCUACGGAUUGAGCGGAUCGAAUGAGGAUGAGGCGACGUUCAUUGACAUGUUCUUUGAAGGCGUCAAAGAUGUUCGCGCGAUAUACCUUCGCUUCAUUUAUUACGAUGAUCCGACUCGUGAAGAGAUGAUCAAAAAUGUGCUGCCAGCCGAGCUUGAGAAACUUGAGAAGCUUCUCGGAACCCGUGCGAACGGGGACCAUUUUGUCGGCGGUGAGAGAAUCAGCUACGCCGACUACAUUCUGUUCGAAGAGCUUGAUGUCUAUUUGACAUUGGAUGCUCAUCUACUCGACGCAUUUCCGAAGUUGAACGCGUUCCACGCGAGAUUCUCGCAGAGGCCGAAUUUGAAGGAUUAUUUGGAGAAACGUGCUGAGGACAAGGUGUGGAUUAAUGGGAUUGCGAAGCAAUAA